AUGUCGUUUGUCGCUAAGCCCAUAGAGACACCCGGAACGUGGGGGAUGCAUAACAACGAAAAUUUUUAAGGCUAUCUUUUCACUAUACCAUGUGGACUAUGUAUGUAUCUAUGCUGAGUGGAGUCCUCUACUUAGUUUAAAGGUGAAAAUAGCGGGCAAAAGGGGACCUCCCUCAAGCAGGCUGAGUGAGAGACUGGCGUUAAGAAAAAGGUCUUGGCGCAGGUGACAACCCGCGGAACGCCAUUCGCCUGGCAAAUGAUGGCUCCAAGAUUGGCGCCCUCAAUGGCGAAGUGAUAGCCGGAAGUAUAUAACAUAUCCGAAACUACGCAAGCGAUUCAGUGCCGACGGACAGCGACGUUGGCAUUUUGAAUUACCAUGUGCUCAUGGCCAGGGCAGCCUAGUGCUGGAUAGCGAAUAACCAGUACAGAUGAAAAGCUUCGCAGCAUUACACCGACCUCGAUAGCGCUCACGGUAAAGAAGAGGGCAGCAAAGCGCAGUCUGUUUUCGAGAGAGGUUCGGGCUACGCAGACUUGUACUGGGAACUUUGCGAUCACAUGGGCGUGCCAACAUGUGAAUUUGUCGUGGGCCACACUACGUAUGGCCGCACUAUAUUAUAUUAUAAGUAUCAAUAGCGAUAGCCAGCACGUCUUUUUCUGGAGGUUUUUGCUCUUUCUACCUAGGCAGCAACUGUGGAUUAGGAGAAUAGUCUCUCUCAAACCAUAGGUACAACUUAGGUGCUGUGCUCCACCACAAGUGCUCCACCACAAGUAUCCACUUCCACGCUGAGUCCGUUUCUGUUGAACGCCCAAGAUAUUACAGCUCUGAACUAGGGAAGCCAAGUAGCAAAGGGCAGGCAUGGAAUGUGCUUUGUGUUGGGCCUCCUGAGGAGACUGAUUUUGGUUACAGAAUGAUGUUGCAGCUACUUGUCGCUUUCAUUUUUCUCUAGUGCUAGUCAUUACUUAGGACUUUUUAGUGUAGACAAGGCCGACCGAAAGAAACGUGGAUAGGCAGGCCCUCAAAGGGGCCAGAGGCUAGAUCUGUCACAUUGGAGGACUGCUCAAAUCGAGAAGGGUGGAAAAGCAUAGCAGAAGGAAGCGCGAGCAGCGGGAACUUUCUCCCCGCAACGAGUAGCGCCACUAUAGAAACAACGGAUCGCCACCUUCACAGCUUGGAAGAACUCAGAAGAGACGCAGGGAAGCCGUAGGUCCAAUCCGAACCGACUAACAUCAUCGUCAGGACUUUGAGCGUUGGUUUUACUAGUGGCCCUAACCCUAAGCGUUUCGUAUAAUUAUAUAGAUACUUAUAAUGUUAGCCGGUCUCGGUGGUUUUUCAUCUGCUCCCUAAAUGAAACGUUCUUACGAACUUCUAGCAUGGUUCAUCUUCAAAUGAGAGGCAUAGUUGUACUUACUUUUUUCAUAGCUCCUUUCGCAAGUUCACUGUGUCGUGUCUGCCUUGGAUUUCGUUUUUAGGGAAUAAACAUACACAGUAGAAAUUAUACAAUAGAAGUUUCAAUAAAGCAGAUGAAUAAAAUCCCAAGAGAUAGAUUCUCAGGCUCGAAUGACGGCAACGUGCAUUGAACCAUAAUAUUAGACCCCAAUUCUUAUCGAUCAUCAGUUUCAGUAGAUAUUAAAAGUUCACCUACCCUUCUACCUGCUCCUGCUCGCGAGUCUCCUCUAAGUAAAACAACGCCAAUUAUGUGGUAAAUACACAGUGGGCCAAUGUGGUUGAAACAGACAGCAGGCACUAGUCAGAGAUAGUAGUUUUCUGAUUUUUGUGCGUGUCAUGAUGAUCUGAUGCAUGAUUAUUCGCAAAAGGACUGCCGACUGGUGACCAGGACCUUAAUGUUGUAACAAUACAACAGGAUACGCAAAACGAAAAAUCAGUGACGAUUCCAUUCUGGAGUGUGACAAGUUUCCUUUUUUCUUCUCUUGUCUGGCAAGGAUUAGUAGAAGAGCCUCAUGUCAUAGGCCUUGAACGAUCUGCACUACAAAUCA